CAGAAGCAAGCCCGCACACUGCCCCUAGUCCUGAGGCAGGCUAGCUGACCAGCUGUGCUCCUCCCGUCCGAGUGCUUGGCGUUGGGGACAGGAAGCUCUAGGAGGCCUCGCCGUCUUCGCGUCGCACGAGCCUACAGCCUGGGCCGUUGGUGAGGCGAAGCACAUGACGAACCAGGACGUGGUCGUGUCGGAGAUGGGCAUUGCGGCCGGGGCGGCGCUGCCGGGCCCGAGCCCGGCGCUCCUGGCUUGCCGGGGCGCGGCUGCCGGCGCCAUGUCCCUGCGGUACCUCGACCUGGCCGCGGCCGCCGCGCGCUCGGCCAGCUGUACCUGGGCCGACGCCAUGCGCGCCUCGUCCCCCACUCGCUCCCGCGCCGCCGCCGAUGUCGACGAGUUCACGGCCUGGAUGAGGAAGCACCCGUCGGCGCUCGGCAAGUUCGACCAGAUUGCCAGCGCGUCCAAGGGGAAGAAGAUCGUCAUGUUCCUGGACUACGACGGCACGCUCUCCCCCAUCGUCGCCGACCCCGACACGGCCUACAUGAGCGACGCGAUGAGGGCGGCGGUGCGCGACGUCGCGAAGCACUUCCCGACGGCGAUCGUGAGCGGGCGCUGCCGCGACAAGGUGCGCAACUUCGUCGGCCUCCCGGAGCUCUACUACGCCGGCAGCCAUGGCAUGGACAUCAAGGGACCAAGCUCCAAUCCGGAGUCGGUCCUGUGCCAACCCGCAAGCGAGUUCCUCCCCGUGAUCGACGAGGUGUACAAGGCGCUGGUGGAAAAGACGAAGUCCACACCUGGAGCCAAGGUGGAGAACAACAAGUUCUGCCUGUCCGUGCACUUCAGAUGUGUGGAUGAAAAGAGAUGGAAUGCUUUGGCCGAGCAAGUCAAGGCCGUGAUCAAGGACUACCCCAAGCUGAAGCUCACUCAAGGGAGGAAGGUUCUGGAGAUCCGUCCGAGCAUCAUGUGGGACAAGGGCAAGGCCUUGGAGUUUCUGCUCGAAUCGCUUGGAUUCGCCAGCUGCAGCGACGUCCUCCCGGUGUACAUCGGUGACGACCGCACCGACGAGGAUGCUUUCAAGGUGCUGAGGAAGAGGGGUCAGGGCAUCGGCAUCCUCGUCUCCAAGUGCCCCAAGGAGACGAACGCCUCCUACUCCCUGCAGGACCCGAGCGAGGUCAUGGACUUCUUGCUUCGGCUGGUGGAGUGGAAGCGCAAGUCGUCGCCGCCGCCGCUGAUGAUCCGGCCGCGGGUGUAGCUGGCUGGCUGCCUCGGCGCGGCAGCCGGUCGGCGGCGGGUCGACUAGCUAGUCAAUCGACGGACCGAUCGAAUCGGUGUCCAAUCAUGCGAACAUACCCCACCACCAAUUUUCCCCCCUCUGACGAUUCUUCUUAGCCUGUGUGGUAGCCUCCGAAACGGACUCGUGGUGGUUGCUGCGUUCCACGCAUGUUCUUCGAUUCCCCGCCCCCACCGUGCCGCGCGCGCCACAGAGGAAAAGACACACAACACAACUCCGCCGCCGCCUGUGCUCAGCCCCUCACUGAAAAUGUUGGAGCAUGUUGGUGUUGCUGUCUAAUACAGUACCCCGGCAAUGUACCACUAGUAGUCAGUACCCUCCCUUCUCGUGUUAUUUUUGUCCCUCGUCUCCCCAUGGGCUUGGAAGGCAUCUGCAAAGCUCCCUGCCGUCCUAGAAGAGAGGAACCUUUGCAAGAAAGAGAAGGUUCCCUUCACCCCAUGUAAUUAGUAGUAGUAGCUACUAUAUUCUAGGCACCACUGUUCUCAGUACCCUUCAUCAUUCUCUGCUGUGUAAAAUGUAGCAUGUAAAAGUAAGAUCCAAGUAAUGGAGUUAUUCUGCAA